AUGGAGGGCGUCAGGGUAACCCACCAAGGGCUGAAGGCUCACACGCCCGAAGGUUCAGCGGGUCGUAUCACGCAGGCCGGGCUGGCAGCUCGCAGUCCAGAAGGAACUGCAGCAAAGGCCAUGGCCAUAAAAGGCCAUGAAGAUCUAUGGGUUGAGAUCCAGGCGAAUACGUUCCGAAAUUGGGUUAAUGAGACAUUAAAACCUGUGGAUAUAAAGGUGGUUGACCUGGUCGAAGAUUUAACAGAUGGGACAGUCCUCUGCGCCUUGGUGGAGGCACUCCAAGGUCGUAGACUUAAGGGUUGGAGUAAAAACCCAACCAACCAGCACCAUCGAUUGGAAAAUUGUACAACCGCUUUACAAGCUAUUGAAGAUGACGGGGUCAAAUUGGUUAACAUAGGAAAUGUGGAUAUUGUGAAUGGAAAUCUAAAACUAAUCUUAGGAUUAAUUUGGUCCCUCAUCGUCCGAUACCAGAUUGGAAGAAGCAAAUUCCCGCCAAGGAAGCUGAUGUUAUCUUGGCUCCAGUCAAGCCUCCCGGAAUGCCGUGUCAGCAAUCUUACGACUGAUUGGAAUAGUGGAGUUCUACUUUCCGCCUUGCUUGACCAUUGUAAGCCGGGAAUCUUCCCACAUUGGAAGGAAUUGAAUCGCCACGAAGCUGUCGAAAACUGUCGGAGAGCCAUGAAACUUGCCCACCGUGAGUUGCAAGUACCAAUGGUGCUGGAACCGGAGUACUUGGCUUCACCCUGGCUGGAUGAACUGUCUGGUAUGACAUAUCUGUCAUAUUUCAUGAAACCAGAUUCGUCAGGAAUGAAAUCCACCUUGGACUGGGUUAAUUCAAGAUUGGAGAGACCCAUUUCUAACUUUACGACGGACUGGAACGACGGACGUGUGGCGAACGAGCUGGUGAGGUCCAUGGGAGGUCCUGCUCCUCCGGCAAGUAAGCUCCGCAGAGACCCAGCCCGUUGGGAGGAGAACAACCAAAUGGCUAUAGAUGCUGCUAAAAAGCUUGGUGUUCAGCCAGUAUUAUCAGCGAAGGAUAUGAGUCAAAGCGACGUGGAGCACUUAGGUGUAAUGGCUUGGGCAACGCAAUUCCGGAAUAUUCCGCCGAGGCCGCCAAUCCACGACAUGUUGCGGGUCGCACUCGAUUCCACUUCGGGGAGAGUGGGAGAACCUACUUAUAUUAAAGUUCAGAGCGUAUCAAAAGACUUGUCAAUGUCGGAUGUAAAUGUGUUUAUUGUGAAUCCACUUGAGCAAGAAUCCAGGUUAAAGCUCGAUUCGAGAGGCGCCGGGGAAUUCGUACCGGAGCACGCUGGCAUGCACGAGAUAGUUCUCGUUGUUGAUGAUAUACGUGUGGAUGGGAGAUAUUUCUUCAGAGUACUGCCACGAUUGGUGUCGGUCCCGCCUCCUGGUAUGGCUCCUUGCGCCGCUGGGAGCCUGGUAGAAGUGUUGGUUAGCGCGACAGGUGCCCCACGUCGCCAAGAUAUUGACGUGACAGCUCAUUCGCCAAGUGGCAGAGCUGUUCCAUUAGAAGCCAGGCAUCCUCCGCCUUCAGCAGCUGGCACCACAGCAUCCAGCGCCACCUUCCAGCCCGAUGAAGCCGGCACAUGGACCAUUGCCAUUACGUACAAGGGCGAGCAUAUCCAGGGCGGUCCAUUUACAUGUGAAGUAUUCGACCCAGCGGGCGUUCGUCUCAGCCCCGGUGCGUUAGAAGGCGCCGAUGCCCUGAAACCACACUCCUUCGAAUUGGACACAAGUGGGUGCGGUGUCAAAGGUGACCUACAACUCGACAUAGUGCAUGACAAGCGAAGUGUUAUGUGUGCACUUGAGAAGUUAUCGCCGACCAAAUACAGGGCGACCUUCAUGCCGAAAGCUACGGGAAAACAUAGGCUAUAUAUAUAUUUCAAUGGUUACGAUGUUCACGGAUCACCGCAUGUGUUCCGUGUGGGGUCGAAGUCUAAAAGGCUGAGAGAUAGCGCCAGCCCCUCACCAUAUGCGGGAAUGUCAAGUCCAGUAACACGCUUAAGAUCAGAAAGUCCGCAGAUAUAUGAAUCGAAUUCGAGUAAAUACGGCCGACGCGAUGACUACAAAGACACCAGAGAGAAAUCAUUUGACGUCACCGACACAUAUUCAAAGAUUAAUAAGGACAAAGCAGAAAGUCCUUUAUAUAGGACCACUAGUCCUUUACGCAGAACGCCCAAUUACGAAGAACGUGACUAUUACAACACAAAAGACGCCACCGAUUCAUAUUCAAGAAUUAAUAAAGAAUAUAAAACAGAUAGUAACAGGACAACUCCCAUACGCAGAACGCCUAAUUUUGAAGAACGUGACAUUUACAAUAGUAAAGACGCCACCGAUUCAUAUUCAAGAGUUAAUAAAGAAUAUAAAACAGAUAGUAACAGGACAACUCCUAUACGCAGAACGCCUAAUUUUGAAGAACGUGACAUUUACAAUAGUAAAGACGCCACCGAUUCAUAUUCGAGAAUUAAUAAAGAAUAUAAAACAGAUCAUAACAGAACAACUAGUCCUGUACAAAGAGCAUCCAGUCCUAUACGCAGAACGCCUAAUUUUGAAGAACGCGAUUUAUAUAAUACAAAAGCCGCCACAGAUACAUAUUCGAGAAUUAAUAAAGAAUAUAAAACAGAUCAUAACAGAACAACUAGUCCUGUACAAAGAACGCCGACUUUUGAAGAACGUGACUAUUACAACACAAAAGACGCCACCGAUACAUAUUCAAGGAUCAAUAAAGAAUAUAAAACAGAUCAUCACAGAACAACGAGUCCUGUACAUAGGACAUCCAGCCCUAUUACGUCUAAAUAUUUGGGUUCUCGGCUCGAUAGUGCGCAUAGAGCGACCAGCCCGUUUGCAACUUCGCUAACCAGAGACAGCCCUUUGAAGCCUGCCAGUCCAAUUAACCGUGUCAGCAGUCCCACUGAGCGAUACAGCCCAGUGACGACAACAAAGAGGGUAGUUGAAAAACGUUCGAAUUACAAAAUGUACAGUUCGUACAGUGGAUCGCAAGACAACAUCGAUCACAGCCCUUUGUCAUCAUUGGAAAAUGAGCGAUCGAGGCGAUACGGCAGUCCAGGUGGAGAUGGCAAUGAAGUGGAUCCAGGUGGAAAGAACUACGGUCAAAAGAACUCGUGGGAUUCCGUGGAAAGAACAAGACAGAUGCUCACAAAAAAUAGUUUGGACACAGACCGCCACGGACAGGGUACGUUAGAACGUGAGACACAACGAAACACCCAACUCAACAAGUUUAGCGAUUUGUCGCACGACGCGUUCAACCAACAGUUGGAUCGAUUGGCCGAUGAAAGGGAAUCGGACACUUAUACACAUAAAGAGUUUAAACGCGAAGUUCGCGAGAGCUCCUACGUGGUUCGCGACUCUUCCUUCAGCAGUAUGGAGGAGAAGCGUCAGGAACAGCAGUCUUUUUUAUCCAAUAGGCCCCCCCGCGACCCUACCGGGGGGGCCAAUUCUGAGACGGACGCAGCCCAUGUUCGUUUCAGACAAAUUCAAAGGGAUAAUAGAGGAGCCAAAGGAAUAGUAAUAAAACCAUCUUACAAAGGAGUUUUGGGACAGCCCGUCGAGUUUAUAGUGGACGCAAGCGGCGCUGGUCCUGGUCAACUGGAGCUUGAAGUAUCUGGCGGUAAUGGAUCCUUAGUGGCCAGCUCUGUCAGGUCUCUCGGUGGAAAUCGAUACAAUGCGGCAUUCACGCCGACGGUACUCCGGCCGCAUAACGUACGGGUCACAUUUAACAACGAACAUGUACCAGGUGAGGCAAUUUAUUACUAG